AUGACGGCAACUGCCAUACUUGCUGACCCCAGAUUUUUCAUAAAGGUCCGUAUACCAGGACUGAACUGGGAAGUUCUUGUAGUGUUGGGUCUGAAAGAUGCUUUAAGGCUUUUAAUACCUCCAGGUACUCCUCUGUUUCCCUCCUUGGAGAUGGACUCACAAAAGACUCUAGCAAAUCCCCAGCCCGAAUCUGCUGCCAGGGGCAACUUAGCUUUGAAUCAACCAGCUUUAUCACCGGGAUUGAGUUCCACAGGGACUCGGAGGCCUUCAUCAUCUGGGGGUCCAGGUUCAAGACCUGCAACACCCACCCGACGCCCUACAUUGACUGCAUCUAAACCUGCGAGAUCAUCAACACCAACGUCCCGGGCCACAUUACAGUCACCAUCAAUUUCUGCAUCUAAGCCUGUGACAUCUGCAGCAAAGCUUGUAACAAAACCUUUAACUUCGUCAACAAAGCCCACAGUUUCUGCAGUCAAGAGUCUGUCUCCAGCUACUAAGCUCACAGUUUCUGCAAGAUCCUCCACACCAACAAGGUCCACAGUGAGGUCUUCGACACCAACUGCAAGACCUAUACCUUCAUCCAAACCUUCAUCAAGAGCUACUACACCAACUCGUCGGCCAUCAACACCAUCAAGUACUAACAUUUCUGCUUCUCCAGCUAAAGCAUCUUCUUCAGUUACAAAGCCAACUCCUACAGCCUCUAGAAAUUUUGUGCCAUCACGUGGUGCCCCUCCGAUGGUAGCAUCUAGACCAUGGAAGACUUCUGAGAUGCCUGGUUUCUUGCUUGAUACUCCACCAAAUUUAAGAACAACCACUACAAUAAAACAUGUUUUUAGCGGCGUUUUUUAG